CGCCUGCGGGGAACCCGACCUUCCCCGACGGAGUCUCUCCUUCGCCCUGCACGUUGAGUCACCUUGAGUGCUUUCAAUGAAUCGGCCGAGGCCUCAGUUUCGUCUUCUGGGAAUCCGGCGCAGUUCUCGUCGCGGAGGGUCAUCGGCACGUGUGAAACGGAUUUCCCUAACGUGCUGUCCAACUGCACCAGAUCUUUCUGGCUCCUGGGUGCGCUGGGAGACGCAAGAGGGAUUGCUCGGGACUUUGGCGGCUCCCUCUGCGCCCGCGCAUUCAAGCCCUGAAAGCUGCUGUUUGGAAUUUCUUGUUCUUGGUGGUCUGACCAAAUUCAAGCAGUUUUUAGUCUUGCAAGUAGCGAAAUGGCCCCAGAGAAAAAGCUCACCUUUCCAGGUCACAAAGCUGGUGAAAUGUUACAACCAGGAACAUCUCUCACUCUGCAGACAGUUCUAUUUAAGAAUAAAUUCAGGCCUCAGAACCUUAAAUGCUUUCUUGCAGCAAAGUGGAAUGAGUGUUGCUUUACUGGGACCCACGUUUCAAGAUUUGGCACGAAAUGUAAACCAAAAUAUCAGCAGUCUUUCUCUAAUUUUUGUGGGCCGGGCAUCUGGAUAUUUGUGUGGCUCUAUGAUUGGUGGUAUUCUUUUUGACUGUAUGAAUCAUUUUAUAGUUUUGGGGGUGACACUGUUGGCUACCACAGCUGGUCUUUAUCUCAUUCCUUUUUGCAAAACACCAGUGUUACUGAUCGUUAUGAUGUCUGUCUUCGGUGUUGCACUUGGUGCCCUGGAUACAGGUGGGAAUGUCCUUAUCUUGGCUGUUUGGGGGGACAAAGGAGCCCCACACAUGCAGGCCCUGCACUUCAGUUUUGCCUUGGGUGCCUUUUUGGCUCCUCUUCUGGCAAAAUUGGCCUUGGGAACCACAGUGUCCGCCGAAAACCACACGGAGCCUGACCUUCACCCUCCAGCCCUCAACCAAUCCCCUGAAGCUGGCCCAGACCCUCUGUUUGCAGUACCUGAUGACUUGAACUUACUGUGGGCUUAUGCUUCUGUCGGCGCAUACAUUUUUGUGGUUUCUAUCUUCCUGUUUGCUCUGUUUUUCAAGAAAACCUCGAAGCACGGAAAAUCCACAGCAUCUGCCCAGGUGUCUCGAAGAGCUAAAUAUCACAAGGCCCUGCUCUGUCUCCUUUUCAUGUUCUUCUUCUUUUAUGUUGGAGCUGAGGUAACCUACGGCUCUUACGUUUUCUCAUUUGCAACCACCCAUGUUGGCAUGGAAGAAAGUGAAGCGGCUGGGUUGAACUCCAUCUUCUGGGGGACCUUUGCAGCCUGCAGGGGCCUGGCAAUCUUCUUCGCUACGUGUUUGCAGCCUGGAACCAUGAUUGUGUUGAGCAACAUUGGCAGCCUGGUCUCAUCGUUAUUUCUGGUGCUUUUUGACAAGAACCCACUUUGUCUCUGGAUAGCAACUUCAGUGUAUGGGGCCUCAAUGGCCACCACCUUUCCCAGUGGCGUUUCUUGGAUUGAGCAGUACAUAAGUAUCCAUGGUAAAGUUGCAUCAUUGUUUGUAGUUGGUGCUGCCCUGGGAGAAAUGGCUAUUCCUGCAGUAAUUGGAAUUCUUCAAGGACAGCACCCAGAUUUGCCUGUAGUUCUCUAUACCUGUUUGGGGUCAGCAAUAUUCACUGCUGUAUUAUUUCCCGUGAUGUAUAAAUUAGCCAUCUUGCCUCUGGACCUUCAACGGAAAGAAAACAGAAGGAGUGAGGACCACAAAGCUUUGCUAAAUGACUGUGAAGACAGUGAAGGAGAGGAUGCAGAAAAAUGGAAUGAGAUGGAUUUUGAAGUUGUUGAUAUGAAUGUUACAGUGAGGCCUUCUGUCAUACAGACAUCUAGAAAUAUUUUGAUAGACCCCAGAAGUGAUGAACCCAACUGUUUGCACUCAACUGCAGUGAUGUUUGAGCGUUAAAGCUGGUGAUUCUCUUAUAGAACACUUUGCCACAGAUCAGUAGAACAUGGACUGGCAUCAGAGAGAAGAUGGAUUACUUAGUGACUUCCUUGAAUAAUUGCCACUUCUAAGGAAUCCAUUUGGAACAGAGCCUUAGCAGAUUUUCUACUUUAUUGCUUUAUUGGUCCAUCAAUAACAAAUGCUAAAAAGUUUGAAAUACCAGUUGGUCUUAUACAGUAGAGUUUGGUAUGAGAAUAGUGUUUGACAUGAGGCUGAGUAGGUAAUAGUUUAUGGUUUCCACCUUUCAGAGCAUAUAGAGAAAGCUUUUUUUUGAGAAGUUGGGUGGAGUUCUAAUAGACCAAAACCAUAGAAAAGUGGAAUUGAUUUUCUGAGGAAAUGAUUGGACAUCCAUACUCUGCUGGGGAGUUGGGUUGAGUUUUUUCAUGGAAGAACAUCCUUAGAAAUAGAUAUUUUUAUUGUUUUACCUUUUCUGUAUGGUUGAACCAAAGAAUGCUAAUGACUUAUUUCAAUUUAUAUUUCUGUGAAGAGAACAUAGAUCAGGGCCCAAAGGAUCUGGCUUCAAGAAAUGAUGCAACCUUUGGGUCUGUAUUGCAUCACUUAACAUAUGUCUCAUUUUUCUCAACGUGUGAUCUUUCCUGCUAUAAGGGAAAAUGAGAUGAAUUCCAAAUUGAUAAAUUUAAUGGGUUUUAAGUUUACAAGAUAUCUGCUGGAACAGCACAGUCUUCAAUUUAAAUGAUCUGUGCAACAAAAAAUGAUAAAUAUCUCUUAGUGUGCUAUUAGUUAUGAAUUCAUGACAGCUUAAUGUGAUUUAAUGUCUUUGAGUGAAUAUUUAAGUACUGUAGGUGCUGUAUUUCAUUGCU